GGAGGGUGAGGGAGGAAACUCCCCCCUCCCCUCAAAUGGAGCGUCUUUUCUGUGUUCCCUGUGGCUAUGGGACCACAGACCCUUUGACCUACCCUGGCCCCUGGAGACACUGUCAACAGCAAAACUGGCCACAGAAUAUGGGAGCUCCCAUUUUCCUAGCCAGGCUUAGGGUACCAGCAAAUGUCUCGCAGUCCUGUAUGAACCCUUACAACAGGGCUCAGCUUCAGGCCGUUUCCACUCAGAUGGACCCCAACCUGAGUCUAUGGCUACGCAGUGUCCACACCACGGAGGUGGGCGUACAGGUGAGCCUUCGAGUGGACAAGUCAGUGCAGUGCUCACAGGGGUCACAGACCCUCCACAGCAGCUCCCUCUCGGACAGAACCAGCUCCAGGAAGCCCACCGAAGCUUGGGAAGUAGGGCGGAGAGCCUUGAUCCGGCGACCCCAGGAUGGGGAAGACGAGGAAAGCCAGGAGGAGCUCACAGGACCUACAGAGGCCAGUCAGCUGCUGCUACCUACAUGGAGCCGGGAUCGUGAGGAGCAGUUCCCACGGCUGAAGGAAUUGGGGGAGGAAUAUGCCCACAGCCCUCAGGACAGGAAGGGAAAGCAGGUAUGUGCACGCGCAGAGCUCAUUUGGGAAGCUCCGCUUUUAGCUGGCUUCUUUCUCUCUGCUCAGCCCCCCACCAGCAGGGUCCUCCCUCCUUCCAUUUCCAGAUCGUUUUUGGAACUAAAAUAUGGCUAUUUUCACUGUAAAGAUUGUAAGAGGAGAUGGGAGAGUGCUUAUGUGUGGUGUAUCUCAGGUACCAACAAGGUUUAUUUCAAACAGCUCUGUAACAAGUGCCAAAAGAGUUUUAACCCUUACCGAGUAGAAGAAAUCCAGUGUCAGAGGGCUGGCUUAAUCUUUGUGAAGAUGUUGUUCCGGAGAUGCUCAGUUCCAGAAAGAUGAGCUCAGCUGCCACAGGUCAGAUUUAUAGGGUAGAAUUUGUUGGAUUUCAUGGUGUCUUCAAUGCUUGGAAAGUCUCUGAGUUAGAUGAAGUUUUGACUUUCUAUUGAUUCUUUUUGUUUGGUUGGUUUCGAGUUUGGGUGUGGGGCCGUGUGGAGUCUGAAACUGUGGAAAGGAAAACUGUCUUUAAACUUGGCUACAAAGAUUAACUUAAAUGAUUUUUGUAGUCAGGAAGAUUUUUGUGGGUUACGAAGAUGGCUCGGUGGUUAAAA